UUGUCUAGAAACCCCAGGCUUCGCUACCUCCGCCUGGUUAUUUAUUUAUUUCCUUUUUAUUUUGUGGGUAUUUUAUAUAUCCAUCUUAUUCCUUAAUUGAAUGACAUUCCAGUCUGAUACAUAUAUGCCUAAAAGCAAAGCCCCUAAAAUGGAUGACCUAGACUACAUCCCUGCAGACCUGAGCCCAGAGGAGCGCUCGGAGCUAGAGGAGAUCCGGCGCAGGAAGGGAGCCCUGCUUCAGGAGAUCCAGCGGCUACGGGAGGAGCUGCGGGAAGCCAUCAUCGAGGUGGAGGGUCUGGAGAACAGCACAGAGGGCAGUAAAACGCUCCAGAAGAGCAGGCACGUGGCCAUGGGUAGAAAAAAAUUCAACAUGGAUCCCAAAAAGGGCAUAGCAUUCUUGGUGGAGAACGAACUCCUGAGACAGACGCCAGAGGACAUCGCUCAGUUCCUGUACAAGGGCGAGGGCCUCAACAAAACAGCCAUCGGAGACUACCUAGGAGAGAGAGAUGAGUUCAAUAUCCGGGUGCUUCAGGUGUUUGUGGAUCUCCACGAGUUCACGGACCUGAACCUGGUUCAGGCGCUCAGGCAGUUUCUGUGGAGUUUCCGUCUGCCUGGCGAAGCACAGAAGAUUGAUAGAAUGAUGGAAGCUUUCGCACAGAGAUACUGUUACUGCAACCCUGGAGUGUUUCAGAGCACAGACACCUGUUAUGUUCUGUCAUUUGCUAUCAUCAUGUUGAACACGAGUCUUCAUAACCCCAACGUGAGGGACAAGCCCACAGAGGAGCGCUUCAUCAGCAUGAACAGGGGCAUCAAUGGAGGAGGAGAUCUGCCCGAGGAGCUGCUCAGAAAUCUAUAUGAUAGCAUUAAGAACGAGCCCUUUAAGAUCCCAGAGGAUGAUGGGAAUGACCUGACACACACCUUUUUUAAUCCUGACAGAGAGGGCUGGCUGCUCAAAUUGGGAGGAGGCCGAGUGAAAACCUGGAAGAGAAGGUGGUUUAUUCUGACUGAUAACUGUCUGUAUUACUUUGAGUUCACUACAGAUAAAGAACCGAGAGGUAUUAUUCCUUUGGAGAAUCUGAGUAUUCGGGAGGUGGAAGAUCCCAGAAAACCUAACUGUUUUGAGCUGUAUAUCCCCAACAAUCGAGGGCAGCUCAUCAAAGCCUGCAAGACGGAGGCCGAUGGCCGAGUGGUCGAAGGCAAUCACAUGGUCUACCGAAUCUCCGCCCCCACGCCCGAGGAGAAGGAUGAGUGGAUCCACAGCAUCAAGUCGGCGGUGAGUGUUGACCCUUUCUACGAGAUGCUGGCUGCAAGGAAGAAACGCAUCUCCCUAAAGAAGAAGGAGGAGCAGCCGUAGAGUGCGGGCCCUCCUCCUCCUCCUCCUCCUCCCUCCAGCUGCACAUCCACCCUGGCCCACGUGCUGGCUCUGCUCCCGGCAGAAGACUGCCCGCUGGACGCGUGGGCAUGUGCGGUUUGAGUGGGGCAAACUACAGCGUUCCAUUCCACCCUCACUUUUCUCCCAUAGUGCCCUACGCACUUCACCAGUAUUCACUACGUUAUCACUGCCCAUGUUUACCACCCCACAGCAGAUCACUCAGUCUCUCUCUCUCUCUCUCUCUCUCUCUCACACACACACACACACUUACAUAUUCCCAGAGUGGUUCCUACAUGUCGGUUAAGAAUAGAGUUUAGAAACUGCAAUAGACGACUAAGGUCACUGGAUGUGCAGCACACUACAUUUCUCACUGAAGUGUGCACUUUAGUGCAGUGCACACUCUGCUCGUGAAGUGUGCACCUCUCAUGCUCUUCACACUGAUGUCUACAGUGUUAUAUGUGCCCCUCCACACCACUGGUAACCAACACAGUCCUGCACCAGCUGGAGUAAGGCUGGUCAGUGUUACACACACCUGCUACACACUACUGACCACUCGCACUCCUGCUACUACCCACUGCUGACCACACACACCUGCUACACACUACUGACCACUACGUACCACACUCCUGCUGUACAAUUCAGCACAAUACUGUUGUAUAUUUGUGCACUACUGCUACACACCAGUUAACUCCACCCUACUGAGUGUGUUUUCAUCUUCUUCCUUCCAUUACAUACUCUGAAACCCAGCCAAGCACUAAUUCAUCACAGGAUACACACAUUAGAGCCAACAUAAACACACACACACACACCCUCCCUCACAAACUCCCAUUGGAGCCACACCACACACACUCUCUCACAGUCGGCCAUGUAACGCACAUCAACCUCAAUGUUCAUUGGUGGACUCCCCAAGCAAGAUCAAGCUUCAUUAGCACCUGAAGGUUUAUCACAUUUGGUGAUUGGUUACCCUCUUUGCCUGCAUUUCAAGCAAACCUGACGUCUGCCUUGUGACCCUGGCACGUCUCAGCCCUCCUCAGCGUUUCUUUGACACGUAUCCUCUUUUCCUUGUUAAAGGUUCUGUCCCUGUACUGACACUAGAUCAGUUUAUUAGCUCAAUCGUGCACAAUUAUAACAGUUAAUCUGUUAGAUUGAUGUAACACAAUUGCCACGUUAAAUAUUUCAUCUGUUGAUGAAGGCUGAGCGCUUAGGGUCCAUGGGCUGCCGAAUAACUGUGCCCCAAGGAUCACGGCGAAUGCAGAUUGCUUUAUAUCCUGUGGAAAAUAACAGGAAAUCAGGAUUGGUAGGGCGUGAUAUUGUUAUGAUGACUACACUUUGAAUGGGCCCUUUUCCCAAAACAGUACGGCUCUGUAAGGUAGCUGCAGGGCAGUGUGCCAACAGCCUGCAGACAAAUACAGCCUUGUUCCAGAACCUGGGCAACAUGGAAAUGCCAGACGCUCACAUUUAGAGCCCAGACCCUGGCUGGGGGGGUGUCUGACCUUCCAGCUGAACUCUGCCAGGCCCGGAGGCCCUGAACAGAGCUGGUGGUGGAGGAUGGAGGCAGCAUGAGAGAGCCUCCUCCCUCAUGGGUGUGAGACUCUGGAGUGUGUGUGUGCGUGUGCGUGUGUGUGUGUGUUUGGGGGGGAGACGGGACGGUGUGGUCACACCCCAAGAUCACUCUGAGAGCUUGAAGGCGAUCUAAGGCAGCUUGUAGUUACAUGUAUUACACAUUGUCAAUUUCCUUUGUAAAUAGAUGUUAGUAUAUUUGUUUACAACAUGCCUAGAUAUGUUUGUUUAAUUUAUUGUGAUUUUUCUUUCCCCUUUUUUAUAUAUAAAUAAGUACUGAGAUUGCAUGUGCUGCUGAAUUGAAGCAUUAUUCUGUGUCAGAGAAUCUGCUAUAAUAGCACUGGCUUAAUCUGAACGGCUGUUAGUGUUCCCUAUUUCCAGGUGAUACACACGUACUUUUCUUCAGCGUCUGUGUGUGCCACAGCCCAAAGUCCCAUCCUGGAAUUGAAGUUCGGUAUUCGCAACUUUGCCUAUUAUAAAAUUUGUAUUACUGUUAAGAGUUAACUGAGAAGCUGUGAUUUUUGUAUGGCUUUGGGGGGGGGGGG